CUGUGGGCCCCGCCGCGCUCUCCGCCCUCCUCCAGGCUCGCUCGCUCGGUCCGCGGCGUUCUCGGUCGGCGGCAGCGGCGGAGGCGCGGCGGGGAAGGCGCUCAGGAUGCGGCGCGGGGCGGCCCGGUGCCCCCCUGCCCCGUCACGGCAGCCGCAGCGGCCGCGGGGACCGGGCCAGGGCCGGGGGCGGCGGCCCGAGCCGCGGUAGCGGCGGCGGCGGCGGCGGGAGGGGCGGCCUGAGGCCGGGCAGGCACUCGGUGCGGGGGCUUCGCGCUCCGCACGGCCUGGCCCGGCUCGGCCCCGGCGCCAUGAGCGGCGGCGGCGGCGGCGGCGGAGGGGGCUCGGCGCCCAGUCGCUUCGCCGACUACUUUGUCAUCUGCGGGCUGGACACCGAGACCGGGCUGGAGCCGGACGAGCUGUCGGCAUUAUGCCAGUACAUACAGGCUUCUAAAGCCAGGGACGGUGCCAGCCCUUUCAUUUCCAGUACAACUGAAGGCGAAAAUUUUGAGCAGACACCAUUAAGACGAACAUUCAAAUCUAAGGUCCUUGCACGAUAUCCUGAGAAUGUAGAAUGGAAUCCCUUUGACCAAGAUGCAGUGGGAAUGCUAUGCAUGCCCAAAGGGCUAGCAUUCAAGACCCAGGCUGAUCCCAGAGAGCCACAGUUCCAUGCCUUUAUUAUCACAAGGGAGGAUGGCUCUCGGACAUUUGGGUUUGCCCUCACAUUUUAUGAGGAGGUGACUAGCAAGCAGAUCUGCAGUGCAAUGCAGACACUCUACCACAUGCAUAAUGCUGAGUAUGAUGUCAUACAUGCUCAUCCUGCUGAUGGCCGAGACCACAGUGACAUGGAGGAUGGUGAAGGCACUCCUGGGACCAAGCUGCAGCGCUUCAACUCCUAUGACAUUAGCCGGGACACGUUGUAUGUCUCUAAGUGCAUCUGCCUCAUCACGCCCAUGUCCUUCAUGAAAGCAUGUCGGAGUGUUCUGGAACAACUUCACCAGGCAGUCACUUCACCUCAGCCCCCUCCACUGCCCCUUGAGAGCUACAUAUACAAUGUACUCUACGAGGUGCCACUCCCACCUCCCGGCCGGUCCUUGAAGUUUUCUGGGGUCUAUGGGCCAAUAAUCUGCCAGAGACCAAGUACCAAUGAGCUUCCCCUAUUCGACUUUCCUGUCAAAGAGGUCUUUGAACUGCUUGGGGUGGAGAAUGUGUUUCAGCUUUUUACUUGUGCUCUUCUGGAGUUUCAGAUUCUGCUCUACUCACAGCAUUACCAGAGACUGAUGACUGUGGCGGAGACAAUUACAGCUCUCAUGUUUCCUUUCCAGUGGCAGCAUGUCUAUGUCCCUAUUCUCCCGGCUUCUCUCCUACAUUUCUUAGAUGCUCCUGUUCCAUACCUGAUGGGCUUGCAUUCCAAUGGCCUGGAUGACCGGUCAAAGCUGGAGCUGCCUCAAGAGGCUAACCUUUGCUUUGUGGAUAUUGACAACCACUUCAUUGAGCUGCCGGAGGACUUGCCUCAGUUUCCCAACAAAUUGGAGUUUGUCCAGGAAGUCUCUGAGAUUCUCAUGGCAUUUGGCAUUCCCCCUGAAGGGAACCUUCAUUGCAGUGAGAGUGCCUCCAAGCUGAAGAGGCUCCGGGCCUCUGAGCUUGUCUCUGACAAGAGGAAUGGGAACAUUGCAGGCUCCCCUUUGCAUUCCUAUGAGCUACUCAAGGAGAAUGAAACUAUCGCCCGGCUGCAAGCCUUGGUCAAGAGGACUGGGGUGAGCCUGGAAAAGUUGGAAGUGCGUGAAGACCCCAGCAGCAAUAAGGAUCUGAAAGUUCAGUGUGAUGAAGAAGAACUCAGGAUUUACCAGUUAAACAUUCAGAUCCGGGAAGUUUUUGCAAAUCGUUUCACUCAGAUGUUUGCAGAUUAUGAGGUGUUUGUCAUUCAGCCCAGCCAGGAUAAGGAGUCCUGGUUUAAUAACAGGGAACAGAUGCAAAACUUUGAUAAAGCAUCUUUUCUAUCAGAUCAGCCUGAGCCCUACUUGCCCUUUCUCUCAAGAUUCCUGGAGACCCAGAUGUUUGCUUCUUUCAUUGACAAUAAAAUUAUGUUUCAUGAUGAUGAUGAUAAAGACCCUGUGCUCCGGGUGUUUGAUUCCCGAGUAGAUAAGACCAGACUGUUGAAUGUUCGGACGCCUACUCUCCGCACAUCCAUGUACCAGAAGUGCACCACUGUGGGUGAAGCAGAGAAAGCAAUUGAGCUGCGUCUGGCAAAAAUAGACCAUACUGCAGUUCACCCCCAUUUACUUGACAUGAAGAUUGGACAAGGGAAGUAUGAACCAGGUUUCUUCCCAAAGUUGCAGUCUGAUGUGCUUUCCAUUGGGCCUGCCAGCAACAAAUGGACAAAAAGGAAUGCCCCUGCCCAGUGGAGGCGGAAAGAUCGGCAGAAGCAGCACACAGAACACCUGCGUUUAGACAAUGACCAGAGAGAGAAGUACAUCCAAGAAGCCAGGAAUAUGGGCAGCACCAUCCGCCAGCCCAAACUGUCCAACCUCUCCCCGUCAGUGAUUGCCCAAACCAACUGGAAGUUUGUAGAGGGCCUGCUGAAGGAAUGCCGCAACAAGACCAAGAGAAUGCUGGUGGAGAAGAUGGGCCGAGAGGCUGUGGAGCUAGGCCACGGAGAGGUCAACAUCACAGGGGUGGAAGAGAACACCUUGAUUGCCAGCCUUUGUGACCUCUUGGAAAGGAUCUGGAGCCAUGGACUCCAAGUAAAACAGGGGAAAUCAGCCUUGUGGUCCCACCUGUUACAUUAUCAGGAAAACCGACAGAGAAAGCUCACAUCCGGAAGCCUCAGUACCUCAGGAAUACUUGUUGAUUCAGAACGGAGGAAGUCCGAUGCCAGCUCAGUCAUGUCUCCCUUGAGAAUCUCCCUCAUUCAGGAUAUGAGGCAUAUCCAGAACAUCGGGGAAAUCAAGACUGACGUGGGAAAGGCCAGAGCAUGGGUGCGACUCUCCAUGGAAAAAAAGUUACUUUCCAGACACCUGAAGCAGCUUCUCUCAGACCAUGAGCUCACCAAAAAGUUGUACAAGCGCUAUGCCUUCCUGCGCUGUGAUGACGAGAAGGAGCAGUUCCUCUAUCACCUCCUCUCUUUCAAUGCCGUCGAUUACUUUUGCUUCACCAAUGUCUUCACAACUAUCCUGAUCCCCUACCACAUCCUGAUUGUACCGAGCAAGAAGCUGGGGGGCUCCAUGUUCACUGCCAACCCAUGGAUUUGCAUCUCGGGAGAAUUGGGUGAGACACAGAUCCUGCAGAUUCCCAGGAACGUGUUGGAGAUGACCUUCGAGUGCCAGAACCUGGGGAAGCUCACUACUGUGCAGAUAGGCCAUGAUAACUCUGGGCUGUAUGCCAAAUGGCUGGUGGAGUAUGUGAUGGUCAGGAAUGAGAUCACAGGACAUACCUACAAGUUCCCCUGCGGCCGGUGGCUGGGGAAAGGCAUGGACGACGGAAGCCUGGAGCGGGUCCUAGUGGGAGAGCUGCUCACAUCCCAGCCUGAGGUGGACGAGAGGCCGUGUCGGACUCCGCCCCUGCAGCAGUCCCCCAGCGUCAUCCGCAGGCUUGUUACCAUCUCACCCAACAACAAGCCUAAGCUGAACACUGGGCAGAUCCAGGAGUCCAUUGGGGAGGCAGUCAAUGGCAUCGUGAAGCACUUCCAUAAGCCUGAGAAAGAGAGAGGCAGUCUGACGCUGUUGCUUUGUGGAGAGUGUGGCCUUGUCUCGGCUCUGGAACAGGCUUUCCAGCAUGGAUUUAAAUCACCCCGUCUCUUCAAAAAUGUCUUCAUUUGGGAUUUCCUGGAAAAAGCACAAACCUAUUAUGAGACUUUGGAGCAGAAUGAAGUUGUUCCUGAGGAAAAUUGGCAUACAAGGGCCCGGAAUUUCUGCCGAUUUGUCACUGCAAUCAACAAUACUCCCCGGAACAUUGGCAAGGAUGGCAAGUUCCAGAUGCUGGUGUGCUUGGGAGCCAGGUACUGCAGCCUCAACCCCAGAGUACAUAGCAGCCAGCCUUGGAAGUGGUGCUGGAGUCCUAGUGUGGUGCAGGGGUGGGGAGUAGCUGAUGACCAGGCAUUCUUGGGCAGAGAUCACCUCCUACACCACUGGAUUGCCCUGUUGGCUGACUGCCCCAUCACCGCACACAUGUAUGAGGAUGUGGCGCUGAUCAAAGACCACACACUUGUCAAUUCCUUGAUCCGCGUGCUGCAGACAUUGCAGGAGUUCAAUAUCACGCUAGAGACGUCCCUGGUCAAGGGCAUCGACAUCUGACCUCAGCACCAGCUAGCAACAGGACUGAGAAAGACUCACCCUGCAGCUCUGACCCGUCUUCCCCAAGGACUUAAGCGAGUUGUGCAGGAGACGGAGAUGUACACUCACUGUAAAAAGAAAACUAGAGGAUUUUUGGAAUAAAUAAUCUAUUUUAGAGUUUAUUUGCUGAUUUGCUUUUUACACACUUUCAUGUGAAAGAGUGAUAGGGAGAGGGAGACGAGGUUGGUGCCGCUUAUUUUGAAGCUGGUGCCCUCCCUCGCUGUGGCUGCGUGCUGGGAGCCUGCGGCCUCCCUGGACUGAGGUUGGCACCGCGUGCAGGGCAGUUUCGCUUCCUUGCCCUGCUGCAUCAGUGAGGCCAUUCCACAUCGUUUUUAACUAAUGUUUUCUAUAUUAACAUUAUUAUGGAUAUUUAACUUUCCUGGGCCACACACAGGUGUGCUGAGUGGAAGCCCGAAGCUCCAAUCAAAGGGAUUUUUAGUAGUGCCUCUUCAAGCACUGACAAGUCAGUCCACAUCUUUGCUUUUCUUUUUUUGUCAGUAUUAUUUGGGAAGAAGACAUGCUAAGAUGUUUCAUUAUGUAGAAAAAUCACGUUUCCUCUUGGCACGCAGUUGCGCAGAAGAAAACAAGCAUGUUUUAACAGGUUUUCCUUCCCCCCCCAUAUUAUUUAUUUAACCCUCCAUUGUGUGUUUUAAGUCUUUCUUUUUUUCUUUUUUUAAGGAAAGAAAAAGCUUGUCACAGUCUAACUGGCUAUAUUAUUGUUAAAUUUAUGUUGUUUUGCAACUUAGAAACCAGCUACAGUAUGGCCCACUUAAUAAAACACCUGAAACAAAA